AUGGUAGGCUUCAACAACUUUGUGAAUGCUUCUCAGUUGUGCGACAUUAAGCCUAACAAUGGGAGAUUCACGUGGACAAACAAAAGGAGGGCUUUCACCAAUAUCCGUGAGAGACUAGACCGAUUCCUCAUAUCCAAAGGAUGGAUGGAGACGGAUUCUUUUGUCUCUACCAUUCUGCCAUAUUCUGCUUCUCACCACUUCCCAAAUCUACUCAAAAUGGAUAGUCAACAUAGAUGUUCUAAAGGAUAUUUUAUAUUCCAGUCCAUGUGGUGGCGGGAUCUGGAUUUGAAGUCCAAGUUAGAAGGUUGGUGGAAGGAGAGUGAUAUAUUCAAGGGUACAUUGAGCUUCAGGUUUGUUCGCAUAUUGAACUUCCUUAAAUCCAAGUUGAAGGAGUGGAACAUGACAUGUUUCAAAUAUAUCUUUGUGGAAAAGGCUUGGAUAGAGGAAGAGUUACAAUUUCUUAAUGACAAGAUUAUUUCGAGUGGUAUGGGUUGCUCCGAAUUUGAGACGGAAAAGAGGCUGAAGGAAGAGCUAUUAGAAAUUCUGGCAAGAGAAAAAAAUUAUUGGAGAGACGAAGCCCGAGAAACUUGGUUGAGAGAAGGAGAUCUCAACAUGAAAUUUGUUCACGCUUCAGUGAAAGUGAGAAGAGGGAUUAAUAGAAUUGGCAGGAUUAGGGACUCGAAAGGAGGUUGGUGUUUGGAAGAGCAGUCCAUAGGUGAGGAAGCGGUGAAGUUUUUUGAAUCAGUCCUAUGUAAUAAUGCUCCAUUAGAUAGGGCCAAACUGUCCUUGGUUUUGGAAGUUAUCCCUAGGCCAGUGUCGGAGGAAGAUAACUAG